AUGGAAAAAUUGCCUGAUGAAAUUUUGUUACAAAUAUUUCAUUAUUUACAUCCACUUGAUGUUCUUUACGGCUUUAUUCAUCUUAAUUCACGUAUAAAUCAAACAAUAUCCGAGUAUAGAUCGAACAUUCGUCUUGUCAAUAUUUUAUCCUAUAAUCAAUUUGAAUUUUGUUGUCAAAAUAUAUUUUAUACAUUUAACAAUAUUCGAUCAUUAAUUCUAGAUAAUAAACAUUUAGAAUGUUUAAUUCAAAUAUUUGAUUGGCGAGUUCAAAUUGAUAAUGUCUGUCAAAAUCUAGAACAUUUAAUAUUAAAUAAUUCUACUAUAGGUCAAUUACGAAUAUUUUCAUCUAAAAUAAAAUUAUUACGUAAUCUAAAUGAAUUGAUAAUCUCUAGUGAUAAACGAAUUUCCUUUCAGGAGACAAAAUACAUAUAUCGUCAUAUAUUUAUUAAUCAUUCGUCCUUAAAAAAAAUUUCAUUAAAAUUUGUCAGUGCCUUUCAUAUUGAUUCAGAAUUAUCUGUUUGUCCUCUUAUUGAAGAUUUAACGAUAACUUUAAUGAAUUUUAACGAUAUAUUUAUACUAUUUGAACAGUUACCAUAUUUAAAACAAUUCAAUGUUGAUAUUCUUUUACCAGUUGCCUAUUCUGUUCAAUUUACUACACUUCCAUUUCGACCAAAUAUAAUUGAUUUUCAAAUAAAAACAACGAUUACAUCAUUUAUAAUUAUUGAAAGUUUAAUUAAUUGUAUGCCAAAUUUAAAACGUUUAUCCAUCUUCUUAAUUAAUGUUCAAGAUCAAAAUUAUAUAGAUGGACAUAGAUGGGAAUAUAUUUUGAAAAAAUUAGUUAAAUUAGAACAAUUUCAAUUUUAUAUUCGUCUAUUGUAUAGUGAACAAAAUAGUGAACAAAUUUUGGCUACAUUUUCUACUAAAUAUUGGUUAAAUGAAAAAAGAUGGUAUGUUGCAUUCUAUGGUGAAUAUCCCUGUUAUUAUUUACAUACAAUUCCAUAUUCAUAUGAUACAUUAAUAAUUUCUACGUUAGCUCAUAAUUGGCACAGUACAUUAUUAUUAACCAGCGAAAAUAGUUUUCCCUACUCAAAUGUUAAAUGUGUUAAGUUUGAUUUCAAAAUUAUCAAUGAUUAUCAUUUGAAUGUAAAUAAAUUUUAUUCAAUAUUAGAACAAUUUAUUAAUAUUGAAACUUUAAUAUUAAAAUGUUAUUCACUAUUUACAAUAUUGAAUAAUAAUAAUAAUAGUGUUACAAAUCAGAAAUUAGAAAAAUUACAACAUAUUACUAUCCAUCGAAUAUAUGAAAAUAAAAUUAAUGUUCCAUUUCUUCUUCAAUUAUUUACAAUGACACCAAAUUUAAAUUCAUUGAAAAUAUAUUGUUGUGAACUAAUCUAUAUUCUUGAUGAUCAUUUACAAAAUCAUCAGUUACGAAGAAAAAUGUUAUCAAUUACAUCAUUAGUUAUCAAAGAAUUUUUGGAUCCAUGUAAAAUGUCUACUCUAAUGAAUGUAAAUCGAUUAACAAUGAUGUUUCCGAAUGUUAAAAUGUUAAAAAUUAGUUUAAAAUCCGAUAUUCUCAUGGAAGCAUUAUUCACAUUAUUUAUCCAUUGUCAAUCAUUAAUUUAUUUACAAAUUAAAGUUUUAAAUUUCACAAAUAUAAUAAUUACCUAUUCGGACUUGCUUAAAACAUUAUGUUGGAAAUUAAAGAAAAAAUUUCAAAUGAAUUAUGAUGAAAAAAUAUUGAAAAUUUGGUUAUAG